AUGCAAGCCGUGAGACUCCUCUCCACCCUCGGCGCACUGGUCGCCAGCGUCGCCGCAAUUUCAGGACCUACAGUUCAGAGCAAGCGAGGCGGUCCUAAGCUUCAGGUCCUACCACGACAGUUGCCAGCAGAGCCAGUCGGGAUACAAACAAUCCUUAGUCCCAACGGUGUCAACAUCACGUACAAGGACCCGGGCAAAGAAGGUGUCUGCGAAACAACUCCUGGUGUCAAUUCUUAUGCCGGGUUUGUCAACCUGGCGGAGGAUGUUCACAGUUUCUUCUGGUUUUUCGAGUCUAGGAACGAUCCGGCCAACGAUCCAAUUACCCUCUGGCUCAACGGUGGACCGGGAAGUGACUCUCUCAUUGGGUUGUUUGAAGGCAACGAAGAUCUGGUCAGCCACAUCAACCCGCACGCUUGGAACGAGGCAUCGAAUCUCAUCUUCCUCAGUCAGCCACUGGGCGUGGGAUUUUCGUACGGCUCAAAGGAGCCAGGAUCGCUGGACCCAGUUUUGGGAAACUUUGUUAAUGCUUCCGAAGCCAAUGUAACUGGUAGAUAUCCCGUGAUAAAUGCAACUGCACUUGAUACUACGGACCUCGCCGCGAUUGCAGCUUGGGAAGUCCUGCAAGCAUUCUAUUCGGUUCUUCCACAACUGGACUCGAAGGUCCAGUCCACCAAGUUCAACCUGUGGACAGAAUCCUACGGUGGACACUACGGCCCUGCCUUCUUCAACUACUUCUACCAGCAAAACCAGGCGAUUGAGAAUGGCACCCAGACCGGCAAGUACUUUGAGUUUGUCAAUCUUGGCAUCAUCAACGGCAUCAUCGACGAAUACGUCCAGGCACCAUACUAUCCACUCUUUGCCAAUAACAAUACCUACGGCAUCAAAGCCGUCAACGACACCGUGUACGACUACAUGACUUUUGCGACCUACAUGCACAAUGGCUGCCUGGAACAGAUCGAACUCUGCGUGGAAUCAGAUACGACGACCCUCAGUGGCCAGGCUGUCUGCACUGAAGCGGAAGACAUGUGCCGCGACAACGUCGAGUCACCUUACUACUACUACAGUGGGCGCGGGGUCUACGACAUUCGGCACCCAUACGAUGACCCGACGCCACCAUCGUAUUUUGUGGACUAUCUCAACCUAGCAUCGACACAGGAAGCCCUGGGCGUCGACACCAACUACACUACAGACGCCAAUAACGAAGUGUACUUUGCCUUCCAGCAGACAGGCGACUUUGUUUACCCGAAUUUCCUCGAGGAUCUAGAACAGAUCCUCAACACGUCCUCAGUGCGUGUGACUCUAGUCUAUGGUGACGCCGACUACAUCUGCAACUGGUUCGGUGGCCAAGCUAUUUCACUGGCCGCCCAGUGGCAGCAUGCCGCUGAAUUCGCCGCUUCAGGCUACACACCCUUCCUCGUGGACGGCGUCGAGUACGGCGAGACCCGCGAGUACGGGAACUUCUCCUUCACCCGCAUCUACGAGUCCGGCCACGAGGUGCCGUACUACCAGCCCAUCGCGGCGCUGGGCUUCUUCUCCCGCGCCAUUUCGGGUCUGGACAUUGCCACCGGCACUACCAAGGUCAACGGCUCCAACGGCGGAACCUCAGGCCCUGCCCAAGCGACACAUACCAAUUCGUAUGUGGCGCUGCCCAGCACCACUUCUUCGGCGGCCCCAAGCAAUUCGACUGCUGCUGCAACUGAUGUCCCAUUGAGAUUCAGACGAUCAAUCUAG